AUGGUGUUUGUCCUGAGGCAGAUUCAGGAGAAGUGCCGGGAGCAAAACAAAGCGCUGUACGUCACCUUUGUGGACCUGACAAAAGCGUUUGACACCGGCUGUGUUCUUGCUCCCACGCUGUUCACCAUUUUGUUCAGCAUGAUGCUCCAGCAGGCCACAGAGGACCUCGACGACGCUGGUGGCAUAUACAUCCGUUUUCGUCUCGACCGGAGCGUGUUCAACCUCAGGCGCGGUGCGACCGGGGCGGUGUACUCGCUACACGAGGACCGGGUGUGCCGCGCCCUCGCCGUGAUGCUGCUCAAGGGCUGCGUCAAGUUCAACCUGGCCGAGUUCUGCGACGUGUGGAGGCAGAGCGUGCCCGAGGGCAUGGACGCUCAGCUGGGACAGCUGCAGGGCGUGGCGCUGGUGGAGCGUGCCGCUCGACCGGAGGUGAUUUCCCUGCUGCGGGUGGAGGACCUCCCCGACGAUCCCCAGGAGCGCUCCAAGCUCUUCAGCCUCCGCGACAAGUGGACGGAGGAGGAUAUCGCCCCCUACGUCCGCGAUCUGUGUGCGGAGAAGCAGAGCGUUUCAGCGCUGCUCACCAAGCACGCUCGCUCCUCCACGCACAGCGGGGUCAAGGUGUUCAACUCUCGCCGCUCCGUGUCAUGAGGACCGCCGCAGCCGGGACCGGGACUACGGGGGGGGGCCCGGCCUAUGGGGGGCCCCCAGUACGCCCAGGAGGAACGGGACGGAAAAACUGGAGGCAGGGUGGGCAGGAGAUGGCCGCUGUACCCCAACGAGUUCUUUUUUUUUGUUGCGCCGGUGCGUUUGGUUGGAAGAGCGCCGCUGAAAGUCAAAGGGGGUCGGUGACGCAGGCAAAUACAUUUCGCAGGAGAAACCGAACAACUGUGUGCGUCAGUACGGCGAGUCUUCCUUCUUAAAGUGAAUGUGUGAGUCGUCUAGUUUCACCUGUAUGUAUUAUUUGCACGAGGCUCUUCUAGGAUACCCAACAAGGCAGUGAUCUUCGCUAAUUUUCAGAGGGGGGGGGGGGGGGGACACAUUGGCCGAUAAGGCAUCACAAUCGGUGUGAGCGAGGGCCACCAUAUUUGAAACCAUUGGGGGUUUGAGAGCAGCACGAUGAUGAUGUGGGGGUAGGAGGUUGUUUUCACAUUUUGUUGUGUAUUGUCGGGGGAGGGCCGCACGUCAGGGAGCCGCACUGAAGGCCACCCAGGGGCUGCCAGUGGGCCCGCGGUGGCCUUGCAUUGAAGAACACAGGAACAAGGCCUACGACCAAAUCACCCGAGAUGUGGCCCGAUCUCGGCAGAUCUCGGCAGCUAAGUUGGGGGUUGGGCCUGGAUAGCACUCGGAUGCGUGGCCACCUUACACAAACAUAUCUUCUCAAACACAUCAUCUUCUUCGUAUGGCUGAUGUUGAUGGAGACUGUGUUUCUGAAAUUGUUUGGGCUUACCGUCAACUUCCCCUUCUUGAAUUUAGUUUCAACCUAGUUAGACCAACAUGGUUCUGAGAAAUAAAUGUCCGAAUAAUGAACAUCAAUAUUUUAAUCAAUUGUCCAUUUUGCCAGGUAUAUCCUAACUAGCUACUAACUGCAAGCGAAUAAAAAAAAUCAACGGAU